UUUCUUUGUUUCCUAUUAUCAUACUCUGGACCUUUGGUUGUCCUGUGCUUCAUCCUCUAAGGUAGUUGAGCUAAAGCUUGGUGGGAAAGAUAUUCCUGUCACGGGUGCCAAUCGCAUUGCGUACAUCCACCUGGUAGCUGACUACCGGCUGAACAAGCAGAUCCGCCCACACUGCCUGGCUUUCCGACAGGGCUUGGCCAACGUCGUCAGUCUGGAGUGGCUCCGGAUGUUUGACCAGCAGGAAAUUCAGGUAUUAAUUUCUGGUGCACAAGUUCCUAUAAGUCUGGAGGACCUAAAAUCCUUCACCAACUAUUCAGGAGGCUAUUCUGCCGAUCAUCCCGUCAUUAAAAUCUUUUGGAGAGUUGUAGAAGGCUUCACUGAUGAAGAAAAGCGCAAACUACUCAAGUUUGUGACCAGUUGCUCUAGACCUCCUCUCUUGGGAUUUAAGGUACAUAGCUUUGAUGCAGUGUGCUUUCAUACCAAGCUCAGUCGUGGUUGGUAGCUGGUUCCUGUAUCU